AUGUCAUCAAGAAUUCCUACUUGGGUUCCGCUCAACAAAAACAGAAGACGGUCCAAUAAAUCGAAAGCAAUCAACGAUACCAACAAUAACCAAUUAAUCAUUAAACCAUGGUCUAUUCCUAAAUUGAAACCCUCUGCCGGUGAUAUUGAACGAAUCGAUGCACAGUUGAGAACGAAAUUGCAUCCUCUUGGGCGGCUACCAGUAUAUUUGAAACAAGGAUUGAAUAAAAUUACAACCAAAAAUCUAGUAGAAUCGAAUGAGAAUUCACCAGAUGAUCCACAAUUGGAGAUAAUUUAUUCAACAAUUGAUUCGUGCGAGAUUGAAGAGGAAACAAAUGUCAGAAAUAAUCAAAAAGUAGACAACGAGCUCGAUUUAAAUUCAAAGCAGCCAGCUGGAGAUGGCCCUACCGUCUCAGUGCCCACUCAAGAGUUUGAGAAACAAACGGUACUAGUUGAACAUUUCACAAUUUCGUCGAAUUCUUUGGAAUCGCAAAUUGAUGAGUUACUUACCUUCGUCAACCAACUUCAAAGAGAAAACAAUUUUCUUCAAACUGUCCGGUGUGACCAACUGCUUCCGUUUCUUGAAAGCUUUUUGGCAUGUAUGUCAUUCCUAAAUCUGUCAAUAGACGAGCUGAACGCAGUCCAUUUAUCUAGAGUAGAACUGCAGCAAAAUAUCCUUAGCACAAUAGGACAUCUUGAAUUUCGGAGUACUCAGCAUAAAAGAAUCAUUCGACUGCUUAGAGCUAGAAACAAUCGUUACCGCACCCAGAUCUAUCAACUUGCUAGAAGCAUUCGUUGGCACAAACAAGUGAACAAAAGUUUACGAGAAAAACUGCAUGCUCUACAAUCUACGCUGUAAGCAGAAAUUUAGUUUACUUGUCGUACGAAAGUCCAGUUUGCGGUGGAAAAUUCAAUGUGUUAAUUCGAAAUAGCGCGAAGAUGCUACGCAUUUAAUGAUGGAAAUCAAUAACUUUAGUCAAAAUGUAACGCUUCAC